AUGGAUGAUAUUAAGGAAGAGCUGCUCUCGCGUCUUUCGGGCUCAAGUGUGGUGACAGUGCAUGGCGAUGCAAACUGGGAAAACGCGCAAAAACGCUGGACGCAGUAUCGACGACAACUCCCAGCGGCAGUGGUCAAGCCUGCAAACGAAGAAGACGUUAUCAAGACCAUCACGUACGCAGUGCAUAGUAAGAGGCCGUUUGUGGUCAGAGGAGGCGGACACAGCAAUGGCUUCUCAACCAUCGGCGGCCCUGGAAUUGUCAUAGACCUCUCCCGGAUGAGGAAUGCCUCUGUCAAUGUAGAGCGACAGACACUGGUUGCGCAAGGAGGUGCAACCAUGGGCGAUGGAGUGGCAGCUGCCGCUUCGGUCGGGCUGGCUAUUACCACAGGAACAUGCAACGAAGUAGGCCUGCUCGGCGCUGCGCUGGGAGGAGGGAUUGGCCGUUUCCUCGGACACUGGGGAUACGCGGCAGACACGAUAAUUUCGAUGAGAGUUGCCGUAGUGGAUGGCAACGGGACGGUUCGAAUAGUCGAGGCAUCGCGUGAGGCCAAUCCAGAUCUCUUCUGGGCUCUUCGUGGCAGCGGUCAUAUGUUUGGAGUAGUCGUAGAGGCUACCUUUCAAGCGUUUCCGUGGAGCCACGAGACAUGGCAUAGCUGCCUCGUUUUCCGGCCUUGUGACGCUGGCUUGGUGGCAGAGGCAAUCGACCAGGUCAGCUACAGGGGAGGUAUGCAAGGCCGGCUGGUUUUUUGUGCGCCCAACAGCCAGCCAGUUAUUCUCCUACAGCUAUGGUACCUAGGCAAACCGGAGGAGGCUGCUAGUAGAUUUCAGCCUCUACUAGACCUCCCAUCCGUUACAGACCACCCACUGCAAUUCAUCGGCCGUUUGAUACCGUACGCGAACCUGAACGACUCCAGCGAGCGAAUCUGCAACUAUGCCGGGAGGAAAAACCUGGCAGCCUUUGGCAUGAAGACCAUGUCGGCAGCCUCCUGCACCGCAGCCCUCACAGUCUACACGGACUUUAUCACCAAACACCCUGAGGCUGCCAAGACACAUAUCCUUAUUGAAUUCUAUAGCAUGCAUGUCGUUAAGGAGCUAGAUCCGGAGGGAGAGGAAACCUCCAUCUCCAGAGAGAUGAGAAAGGACGUUAAGUACUGGGUGAUGCCCCUUGCCUGGUAUGAAGAUGCGGCGUUGGACCAUGCUUGUGCUGGCCUAAACCAGGCCGUCCGAGAAGCGUUUUUAAGCCAGCCAGAUGGCACCCGAGCGACGAGCGUUGGCUACGUCAGCAUGCCUUUUGAAGACGAUACAGCAGACAGCGUUUUUGGCGGCAAGGAACGGCGGCAAAAGCUUCAUAAUAUCAAGCAGAAAUGGGAUCCCUUGGGUGUCAUUCGGGGUAUCAUCAGGCUCACUCCCCUAGUCAACUAA